GCCUGGGCUCAGUUGCACGUUCGAUAUCGUAGGAGGGGGACGUAUGCAACUGUUUUCGAUAAUCGUCGGCGCGCACCGUACGUGGUAGCGGACAGUCCUCCGCCGGUCACGUCCGCGUAAAAACGGAUAUAUGCCCAGAAUAUUUAUUAAGUGGGUGGUUGUGCGUGACUUUUCCCCUGUGAAUAGCUAGCCCUGUAAACGAUCGCUCCCGAAAUAGAACGGUUUGUUUGCUAACUGAAAACGUCUCGGAGCCUGAAGGUCUACUGUUUACGUGUCUUCAAAAUGUCCCGUGACAUUCCGGACUUGAACAUUUACUAGUGACUGGACCAAAAGUUUCAAACCCCAAACAAUCUUCCAACCAAACAAAGUGACCAAAAACCGACAAUGAACCCUAACCCUCAAACUUUGCAAACGAAAUGAGUUGUGAAAAAGCGCGCGAAGUGAGAACUGUCAUAGACUGAGAGACCAAGUGUUACCAUGUUGCCUUACCAGGCUGUGGCCAUGGACUACGCGGCGUUCCACCACCACCAGCGACCGGGGGGUCUGCCGGGGGUGAUGGGGCUGCCGGGAUCUGGCCCCGGGCUCAACCCCGGGCUGAACCCCGCCUUCACGCAUUCCUGGUUCGUACAGACAACCCCGGAUAUCUGUCGCCAGCAACAAGCAUCCAACCAAUCGCAUCUCGAACCUGGCAUUCUCGAGCUGCGCAAGGAAAAGAGCAGAGACGCAGCGAGGUCUCGCCGAGGGAAGGAAAACUACGAGUUCUAUGAACUGGCCAAGAUGCUGCCCCUCCCGGCUGCCAUCACCAGCCAGCUCGACAAGGCGUCCAUCAUCAGACUGACGAUCAGCUACCUCAAGUUGCGGGACUUUUCCGGACACGGGGAUCCGCCGUGGAGCCGUGAUCCUCCGCCUAGUAAUAAGGCCUUGAAAGGUGCUCAAAACCGGCGGACGCCGCUGGGCAUGGCCAUAGACUUGUUUGAGCAGCACCAAGGCACCCACAUAUUACAGUCUCUAGAUGGCUUCGCGUUGUCCGUGGCAGCGGACGGACGGUUCCUGUACAUAUCUGAAACUGUUUCUAUAUACCUAGGAUUAUCACAAGUAGAGAUGACCGGCAGCAGCAUCUUCGACUACGUGCACCAGGCGGACCACGCCGAGGUGGCUGAGCAGCUGGGCCUGUCUCUAGCUGGCAGGAACGGAGGCGCCGGUCUGAACAGCCCAGCGUCAGGGAGUGAGGAGGGGAGCCAGCAUGGCACGAAUAAUCCCGAUGUAUCAGCAUCGAUGACGUUAGCAGCCAGCGGGUCAUUAUUCCGAGGGAUGGACCGAGCAUUUUGCAUAAGAAUGAAGAGCACACUUACGAAAAGAGGAUGUCAUUUCAAAUCAUCGGGUUAUCGGGUAGUCCUAAUGCUGUGCCGGCUGCGUCCCCAGUACACGUUCUCUCACAGUCGGAAGUCCCCACCAGCAUUGCUGGGCAUGGUGGCGCUGGCCAUAGCGCUGCCUCCACCCUCCGUGCAUGAGAUCAGAUUGGAGUCGGACAUGUUCGUGACGCGGAUCAACUUCGAUUUUAGAAUAGCCCACUGCGAACCCAGGGUGUCGGAGCUGCUCGGCUACUCGGCGGAGGAGCUCACGGGCAAGAACCUGUACGCGCUGUGCCACGGCGAGGACGCCAAUAAGCUGAGGAAGUGUCAUGUGGAUUUAAUAAACAAAGGUCAGGUCCUGACUCACUACUACAGGAUAAUGAACAAGCUAGGCGGCUACACCUGGAUGCAGACUUGCGCUACCGUUGUCUGCUCGUCGAAGAAUGCCGAGGAGCAGAACAUCAUCUGUGUCAAUUACGUUAUUAGUGGCAGAGAAUUUGCCAACACCGUCAUGGAUUGCUGCCAACUAGAAGAGAGCGUGCAAGGAGUGAAGCGGGAAGAAAGCGCCGGCGAUCCCGAAAAUGGACCUCCAGACACCGAUAACUCUAGCGGUCCUCCGCCGCCCCCGAGACAUCCCACAGAGCGGACCGAACCUCCAGCACCCUCGGACUCCUCAUCGACUGCACAAACACCAAACUCAGACGUAACGCACCUAACUAGGCUAAGUGACACACAACCUUUACCUCUUCAAACAACCACAGAAAAAACAUCACCAAUGCCCGCUCGGAGACUCAAGAAACGAAAGCACACAAUCGAAGACGAGGAAACGAGCGAAAGAGAUGAAGAAGCGAGACGAAAAUCUUCGUCAAACCCUGCGGCCGCUAUGUCACCUAUAGAACGAGAUAUGUCCAAAUCCAAUUUAACCGUACCUGAAGGUGCAACCGAUGCUACUUCCGUUAGGGACUUAGAAAAUGCCAUGUCAAAACAUCUACCGGCUAUAGAUGGCAAAGAAAUAUCGCAUAGGCCAACAGAUUUUUCCACUGACGCGCUACUAAAACAACAGCAGCAAAAAUCAACAAUACAAUGGAUAGGUACGCAGAACCAUCAUUUGAACCACUUGAACAGACAGCUCCCGGGAAACCACACGACGACUCCCGCCUCAGCGCUACUACGGCAGUUGUACGCAAAUAGGGAAAGUGUCAUUAGAAGUAAUUUCUUAGGUGAUGGUAGAACAGGGGGUUACUACUCGAGUGAUGGUCAAACUGGACCUUUGCCUACCCCUCCUGGCAGUGAAGGCUCGGGCUACGGAGACCAACUAGGCCAUAAAGGAACUGAAUUAGGGACUUUAGCAUCUUACGGUGGUUAUGCCGACUACCAUUCGGCUAUGACGCCUCCUGGAUCCGUUUCUCCGCGAGACAAGCAACAAUAUGCUUUAUCGUACGACAAUUCAGCGUAUUCUGAAGCGUUGCGGCAUUCGUAUUUGGGUGAGGCGCCUUUGCCUUUGAAGCCUCAAGCGUAUUCAGCGGUGCCUGGGCCUUUAGACUACGCGCCAACGUUAGACCAAUCUCAGUUCUUCCACCCUCCGUCUUCUUUCCAUCUGUACCACCCCCAGGCCCAUGCCCACGCGCAUGCGCCGCACGCUCACCAGACAGACAAAUCAGCGCCACCAAAUACUAAUUGGUAUUCGUCUGGUUCAUAGCCAUGUUAAUGAUUCGGACAUUGCGUAAGGAUACUUUCAUGUUGAAAUAUACGGUUAUCUUGAUGACGUGAUGAUGUUUUCAGAUAUAUUUUAUUGUGUUUCUGUAACGUUAGAACUGGUAGUGUUUAGGUCUUUGGAACUGGAAAUCUCAGGUGAAAAUGACAAUUUAUAUUUUUCCCCAUGACAUGUUAAUGGACUCAAUAUUAAUUUAACGACUACAUCGAUACAAUUAGUUAUACAUAAAUAAUGUUGGAUUGUAAUGUAUACGGAUAUGAAGACUUGACAAAAUUGACUAAGAAAAUAAUACUCGUUUGGUAAAGACAGCCGAAGCGGAUACUUAAGUGGUACUUACUUAUUUAAAUAUUUUACAGCAACACCAGGCACAAAAUUUACGAUAGUGAAAUAAUAUCAAUGGAAAUGCUUUAUAUUUUUUUUAAAUAACUAAAUAUGUAUUAUGAAUUAAUUCUGCUAUUUCACAAUAUACUUGACUCGCUAUACCUACGAAUAAUAUCAUAAAUGAAAAAAAACUGUGCCAAAUAAAGGUGCUAUAGUGCACUGACGCAUUUGCAAUUUUAGCUUAAUCAUUUAUCUUGAACAUACCUAAACUUACUUUAAUAGUUCAACGAAGAAAAAGGGUGAUGUUCAUAAUCUUGUUUAAGUAUAAUUAGGAAUAUAUAUACUUUAAGGAAUUUAAAAGCUCUGUGGAUGACACCCAUAUAGGCUAAAGCUUGUUGCAUAUCAUUUUUAACCUAGGAUAAUUUAGGAAAAGACGUCUUGUAAAUUUUUGUAAUAUACCUUGGUAAUAUUACCGCUGUACUGUAUCUAGAUGUAAUUAAUCAACUCAGUUCUUCUGUACAUUCCAUUAUCUUAAGGUGGUAUCUAUUAUAUUAAUGUACAUUAUUGCUAUUUACGAAAUAAGAUUUCAUUGUAAAUAUUUAAUACCAAGUUGUGUAGCUAACCUAGUACCUAAUCAAUAAGUAUGAUGCAUUUUUACUCAAUAUUCUGUUGCUCAAGUGAUGUUUGUUUACAAUGUUUAGAAGAAAAUUUCGUUUUCAUUUAAUUUAACUGAUACCUUACGUAUUUAGGGUCUGAAAAUCAACUAUCAUUUCCACUGUUACUUUAAAAAAAAACCUGGCUAGGUAUAAAUUGGUACAUGAUAAUAUUUAUGGUAUCAAACCGUGUUUUUCGUAUCUACCUACUUAAGUACAUAAACAAUCAUACAUAAAUCCACUAGUAUGUGUUUAACCCAGUCGAUGUACCUAAUACUCAAAUGAAGAAAGUUGUUUAUGUUUGGUUCAGCAAUUUUAAUUUACAGACCAAAAUUUAAACUAAUUUUUUUUACAUGUAAUUUAAUUAAGCUAUUAGGUGUUACGCAUUAAUUAAUAGUAAUUGUAAUAUUUAUUCCAUAACUGUGCAAUACAAGUAAAAAUGUUGUUCAUAUUUUUUUGUUGUAUUUAAAAUAAAAUUUUCUUUUAAAAUUGGUAAGUUUGUAAGUAUUAUUGUAACUGAAAUUAGGCUUAAAGUUCGAGUAUUUGUUAUGUUGUUUUUUUUUCAUAUGUCCUCAAAACACUGAUGUACAUUUUUAUUAUUUUUAUCCUAGUGAUAAUAUGAGUAAAUGAAAAAGGAGGAAAAUUUUAUUUGUCCAAAUAAACGAUUAAGAAUUUUCA